AUGGCCUCAGAGGGUGGUGCAUCGUUGCCGUCGUCUGGUUCCGACGCGAGAAAGCGACGGGUGUCGUACUUCUACGAGCCGACGAUCGGCGAUUACUACUAUGGCCAGGGCCAUCCGAUGAAGCCCCACCGUAUCCGCAUGGCCCACAAUUUGAUUGUUCAUUACUCGCUCUACCGGCGGAUGGAGAUCACCCGCCCUUUCCCGGCUGGCCCUGAAGACAUCUGCCGCUUUCACUCCCCUGAGUACGUUGAUUUCCUCUCAUCCGUCACCCCUGAGACCCUCCACGACCAAACCCAUGCUCGCCACCUCAAGAGGUUCAAUGUUGGCGAGGACUGUCCCGUUUUUGAUGGGCUUUUCUCUUUCUGCCAGUCCUCUGCCGGUGGAUCCAUCGGCGCCGCCGUCAAGCUGAAUCGUCAGGACGCUGAUAUCGCUAUCAAUUGGGCUGGUGGGCUACACCAUGCAAAAAAAAGCGAGGCUUCUGGGUUCUGCUAUGUCAAUGACAUAGUGCUGGGAAUUCUGGAGCUUCUCAAGUUCCAUAGGCGUGUGCUUUACGUAGACAUUGAUGUUCACCACGGAGAUGGUGUUGAGGAGGCUUUUUAUGUCACUGACCGAGUAAUGACAGUGUCUUUCCAUAAAUAUGGGGAAUUUUUCCCUGGAUCUGGGCAUAUUAAAGAUGUUGGAGCUUAUGAGGGAAAGAACUAUGCUCUUAAUGUUCCUCUUAAUGAUGGAAUGGAUGAUGAGAGCUUCCGUAGUUUAUUUCGUCCAAUCAUCAAAAAAGUCAUGGAGGUCUACCAGCCAGAUGCUGUUGUUCUUCAAUGUGGUGCAGAUUCGUUGGCUGGUGAUAGGUUAGGGUGCUUCAAUUUAUCUGUUAAAGGGCAUGCAGAUUGUCUUCGUUACCUGCGAUCUUUCAAUGUUCCUCUUAUGGUGUUGGGUGGUGGAGGGUAUACCAUGCGGAAUGUUGCCCGCUGUUGGUGCUAUGAGACUGCCGUUGCAGUUGAUGUGGAACCCGCGAAUGAAUUACCUUACAAUGAAUAUUACGAGUACUUUGGCCCGGAUUAUACUCUUCAUUUGGAACCAAAACCAAUGGAUAAUCUGAAUUCACCAAGAGAUCUGGAGAAGAUCAGAAAUUUCCUGCUCGCUCAAAUUUCUAAACUACAGCAUGUACCCGGCGUACAAUUUCAAAAAACGUCCCCAACUACAGAAGUACCAGAAGAGAGAGAACAACACAUGGAAGCGAGAGCGAAACCCCGGAUUUGGAAUGGCGAGGUUUACGAGUCUGAUGAUGAUGAAGAUGAAGAUAUGAAGCUUCUGCUGUGA